AUGACGCAAACAUUGGCACGCGGCCAGAAUGAACUUAUCUGCCACGAAGGGUGGGAUACCCACCACCACAUAUUCGAACCUGCUACCUUUCCUUACAGCGCCUCACGUCAUUUGACACCUCCUCCCGCAACCGUUGAAGAGUACAUCGAAUUCAGGAGGCGUCUAGGCUUGACCAAUUCGGUUCUUGCGCAUGGCCUAUCCUACGGCGAUGACUGUACCUCGAUGAAGUCUUUCAUCCCUCGCCUGGGCGCUUCCAUGACGCGUGGUAUAGGGGUCAUCGACCCGGAUACGGUUACAGAUAGUGCCCUACGAGAAAUGAGCGAUGCCGGAAUCCGCGGCGUGCGGAUAAAUCUGUACCACUACGGGGCCAUGGAAGACGUGGAGGCGCAGAAAAGAAUCCUCGAAGCACAUGCCAAACGACUUAGAGUGGCCUCCCUGCCCUGGAGCGUGACCAUGACAACGAUCCGCACAGAGUUUUGGGACGAGCUGCGGCCCUUUAUCGAGACGACUCUGUCUCAGUUCUCGCUGAAUCUGGUCACGGAUCACUUUGCCCUGUUGAAGGGGGGCAGCAUGCUGCCAGCGGAAUACAAAGACAACCCCACACUACAGCCUGGCUUCCAGGCUGUAGUAGAGCUUGUGCGUAGCGGGCGGCUCUGGAUAAAGUUGAGCGCACCGUACAGAGUCAGUGAGCUUGCACCAUUUUUCCCAGAUCUCAAGUAUCUAGUGCGAGCUUUUGUGGAUGCCAAUAAACAUCAAGUGGUCUGGGGGAGCGACUGGCCCCACACGCCAAGGAUGAAGGUCCGCAGCCCAGAAGAGGGCUUGAAGGAAACUCCAUAUCUAGGUGUAGAUGAUGAGGCCUGGCUGAAAACUCUGAGGUCAUGGCUUUCUGAAGAAGAGUGGCAACUGCUCAUGGUAGAAAACCCGAUUAGGCUUUUUGGAAGGUAG